AUGUCUGGUACUCAACAAUCUCAUACUGCUUCUUCAUCUGCUUCCGAUAUUCUUGCCGAUGUGAAAGAAGAAUCAGAUGACAACAAUGAUCAAGAUGAUGAAGAUACGAUUCGUAAUGCCGUGCUUGUGAAAAUUCUACAGCUAGUGCUUGAAGGUGGUCUUGGUGGUAAUGAUAAUGAGAACAGGGAAACACAUAAGGUGAGAUGUGCAGCAUGUGAUACUUAUCCAAUCAGGAGUGAUCGUUACAAGUGUUUAAAUUGUAAAGACUUGAAUUUAUGUGGUCAUUGCUUUGAAUGUCGGAGAGAAUCGAAGGAACACAAGAGCGGCCAUGCAUUUGCCCAUUUCAAAUCGCCUGGCGAACUAUUUGGUCAAGAGGUGACUGACGACGAAGUGACGUUUGAUAAACUUAAAAAACUAUGUGCUAGUGAAAUUCAUGAAUCGAUUGUCUGCGAUGGAUGUAAACUUGAACCUAUUAAAGGCUUACGAUUUAAAUGUGAUACUUGUCCGAAUUAUGAUUUAUGUCAAAAAUGUGUGGAUCGUAAUGCUACUACACAAACACACAAGCCUUCGCAUCCACUUAUUGUUACACCGCGUCGAACAAUUCAACAAAUUCCAGUAGAAGAUAUUCAACUUGGUGAUGAAAUUGGAAGUGGUGCAUUCGGUUCCGUAUUCAAAGCUCGAUGGUUAUCGAAGAAUCGUUCUGUUGCAUGUAAGGUGAUUACUGUACCGAAAUCGAAUGAUGCUGAAAGGCUUGAGAAAAGCUUUCUAAAAGAAUUGGCUGCUUAUGCGGAACUUUCUGGCGCUUAUAUUCUCAAGAUAUAUGGAUUUACAGCAUCUAGACAUGGUCAAAAUAAAAGAUAUAUGCUUGUCAUGGAAUACAUGUCUCGUGGAAGUCUGGCCAAUAUUAUAAAAGAAAAAGGAGACAACAUAUCUCUGCGACGCAAACUCGAUAUGGCAAGAAAUAUUGCUAGUGGAAUGCGAAAGAUUCAUGAACAUCGUAUGAUUCAUCGGGAUAUACGACCAGACAAUAUUCUUGUCAAUGAAAAUUAUAUAGCUAAGAUUGGUGAUAUGGGAAUUGCGAGAGUUGUCGAUCCGCUUAAUCAACAUACGCAAAUCGGCUGCCAAUCAUACAUGCCACCCGAGUUCUAUGAAGGUAGUUAUGAUCAAAAACUCGAUAUCUUUACAUUUGGUUUGACACUGAAUGAACUUUUCACUUCGACCAAGCACUCAUUUCAACCAUUCGUUAGUAAUAAAAUUGCAUUUCAAGAAAAAAGUCCUAUAUUCGAUGAUCUGAUCGCUCGGUGCACAGCUUACAAUCCAAAACGACGUCCAGCAGCAAUAGAAAUUGAAAAGACUCUAGAUUUAUAUAGUGCAGGUUUUGAUAUACAAACAGCUGUAAAAAAUAAAUAUGAAAAUAGUGGUGGAUCAGCAAAAAUUGAUCGUGAUUUAGGUGGAGCAAUUUCAUUAUUAACAACUAAUUUAUGGAUUAAAAUGAUCAGAAACACUGGCUCUAUCAAUCUAUCUCAUUCUCUCGGUGGUCCACGCACGGUUCGAACAAAAGCCAAUAUCUUGGAGAUGAAAUGGCGUCUAGCACAGAAGAAACGGGUGUCAUCAAGAAAAUUAGCUGCCGAAAUGAAUAUUUCAAGAACAAGUGCACGGCGAAUACUUCGUGAAGAUCUUCACUGUUUCCCAUACAAAAAAAUUAAGCAACCAAAAUUAACUGAUCUUCAAAAAGAAGAAGAGGGUUAA